AUGACUGUUCCAUUCAAGGUCAAGGCGGUCUACGAGUACAAAUCGGCGGAACCGGACGAUCUCACCUUCCCAAACGGCCAGAUCAUCACUGUCACCGACGAUGCCGACGAGGACUGGUACACCGGAGAGUACACUGCGGCUUCCGGCGAGCAUGUGGAAGGUCUAUUUCCGCGCAAUUUCGUCGAGAGAUAUGAACCCGCCGUACCCUCCCGGCCAGCUCGUGCAGCCAAGCGUGCUCCAGCGCCAGCACCUGAACCGGAACCGGAACCUCUUACACCAUCUGCACCACCUCCCGCGGAUCCUACACCAGAGCCCGUUGCCGAACCCGAGCAUGAACCCGAAACAGCGAGAGAUGCGCCUCAGGCGGUCCCCAAGGUGGAAGAAGCAGCCCCUCCACAGCCCGCUGAACCUGUCCAGUCGCAGGGAGCUCCAGCUGCUGAGCCGAAGUCACCUCCUACGAAAGCAGCACCUCCUCCUAUCGCAUCGAAACCCAAGAAUAAUGCGUUCAUGGAUCGUAUAGCUGCGUUUAACAAGCCAGCGGCGGCCCCGAUCGCCCCGUUCAAACCUGGCGGUUCUGCUGCUUCGGGGUUCAUCAAGAAGCCGUUUGUAGCUCCGCCCCCGAGCAAGAAUGCCUACGUUCCACCUCCGCGUGAGCCGCCGCCACAAAAAGUCUACCAGCGCGAAGAAGAGCAGGCGGACGAGCCAUCAGCAGAACGCAGUGCUCCCCCUCCGCCACGACCCCUGCCAGAAGCAGAAGACGAGGAUCAGCCGAAGCCUACCAGUCUCAAAGAAAGAAUCGCGCUUUUACAAAAACAGCAGAUGGAGCAAGCUCAGAGGCAGGCGGAUCCUGCCACCAAGAAAGAGAAGCCGAAAAAGCCGCCCAAGAAACGAACUGAGCCCUCAGAAGAAGCGCCAGUGCCUGCUGCAGAGCCUCCACUCGAACGACUAGACACCAACGAGACUGUGGGCAAGAAGUCUUCCGAUCUGACCGAGGAUAUUGACAGCGGUCGUCCAUCCUUUCAGCGAGGAGAGUCCGCUCACAGUGUCAAGGCUACUCCACAACCGCCGAGGGAGCUUGUCAGUGACACAAACGAUGCUGACGAUUCCGGCGCAGCUGAUACUGAGGAUGCACAGGAGACUUCGACCGAGGAAGAGCGUCCUCGAUCAAAAGGUGGGGUCACGAGUACUCUGCCAGAACCAAAGAAGCAGACUAUACAGAAGCCCGAGCCACAGGAUGACGAAGAAGACGAAGAGGACGAGGAAGAAGACACAGAAGAAGAAGAGGAUCCAGAGGUCAGGCGAAAACGCGAACUCCGGGAGCGCAUGGCUAAGAUGAGCGGUGGCAUGGGCAUGAUGGGCAUGUUUGGCUCGCCAGGAGGUGCAGCACCGGCUCCUCGGAAACCGCGUGCAUCGCAAGAACACAGUCGGGAGACAGAACAGCAUGCUCAGGAGGAAGCCACACGAGCGCCGCCUGUGCCUAUCAUGGCAUUGCCCGGCAUGUCAAAUCAGCUGCCCAGGAGACCCGCCGAGCCUGUGGAAUCAGACAGCGAAGAAGAUGACGAUAAGACGGAGCAGCCGACACCGAGAGAGCAGGUACACCAAAGCGAUGCUGACGAUGACUAUGUCUCGCAGCCGCCGCCUCCGCCGCGAAGAUCGGAGACAAUGAGAUCUUCCGCCAGUAUCGAUCGACCGGCACCACCGCCUCCACCGCAACGUGUUCAGGAUCCUACCCCGGCUCAUCAGGAAGGAAGGGCUGUGCCGCCUCCUCCGCCUUCAACUAAUCGAGCUGUGCCACCACAACCACCCGUUGUGACUGAGGAUCUCCCUGACAGCGCCGCUAGUGCAGCCUCACCGAGAUCUCCGCCGGCGAGACGAUCGACGGACCGUCCCCUGUCUUCAGCGGGAGCACCUCCUGUACCUCCAAACCGAUCUCGACCAGAGCCUACAAGAAAGCAGAGCACCGAUCCAGCUGUGUCGAGUCCCAUGCAGUCGCCUCAGACACGAGCGCCACCUCCUCCACCACCAGGACAGCCGCCGAGUCGUCACUCAACAGCAGAGACAUCAGGUCUGCAGGCUGACGAGGAUAGCGAGAACGAAGUGUCAGAAUACGACGGAGACUAUGACACAGACAUUGCAUCAUCAGCGAAGCAUAAAGACGCGCUAAAGGCUCACCAACGUGACUCUAGUAUCGACGAGGGCACCCUGACAGACGAGGCGACGAAGUCGCCAAAAAAUCCACCGCAUCGCAGCAUUCCGCCUCUUCCGCCAAUAGCAGCUCAUCAGAAUGCACCGCCUCCUCCGCCACCCCAAGCGCCAGCGCCGUCCCGCAAGUCGACGGAUGCACCGAGAGCUCCUCCACCUGUGCCACCUCCGGCAGCUAUGCCCCAACAGCAUGAUGAUGACGACUACGAUCCGUAUCGAUACAACUCGCCACAGGGUCUGCCAACACCGCAACUGAACGAUGUUUACAAGACUCUAUCGAGAGAUCAACAUGAAGAGCCCGAGACGUACGGAGCUCAAGAUCAUCCCACACAGCCUCCACCACCGCCACGAGAGGACCGGCCACCACCGCCACGGCCACCCGUGGAGCGGGCAGCUCCUCCGCCUCCGCCCUCCGACCGAUCUGUGCCACCUCCACCUCCUGUGCCUGACUCUCCUCGUGCUGAAAUAGCACGGCCCGCAGAGCCACGGCGAUCUGGGACGAUGUCCAGGCGCUCUAUGGAGGCACCUCGACCGAGCGGGGAGGGCUUCAUGGCCCAAGACAUCGACCUGCACCGUUCCUCGUUCUGGUGGACUCAAAACAAUCUCAUCCCUCCGAGUCUCGCAAACAGACCUGACAUACUGUACGAGAUGGAAGAGAACACAUCAAACAAGCGAGGAGGCCAAGCUAACGUCUCAAAAGAUGUCUACGUGCUCUACAGCGACUACAGCCAAACCACCAUCAACGCUACCUUCGACAAAGCAGACCCCUCUCAGGUGACGCUGGAGCAGAAACACGACCGACCACCGCCUCCUCCACGAAAAGAUCAGCUUGAGGCGGCGUCUGAGAGAUAUGGCGCCCCCAUUGCUUCAGCAGCUACGAAUUACGGCAAUCAGGGUGCAACAGUCGGCGAUGGCUCGCCCUUUGCUUUCGUUUCCGAACUCAUCAAAACCCUGCCCACGGCCCUUCGUCCAGUCGGCGUUCGUGCUUACGGUGCUCUCGUCUAUGGAAACAUGUCGAAUGCGUCGGUACAGCAAUUCGACGAAAUCCGCGCUGGCGACAUCGUCAGCUUCCGGAACGCGAAGUUUGGCGGGCACAAGGGCAAGAUGCACCAGAAGUAUACCGUUGACGUGGGCAAGCCUGACCACGUCGCGGUUGUGGUGCAAUGGGACGGCAGCAAGAAAAAGCUGGGUGUCUGGGAGCAGCGUAGCGAGGAAGAUCGUAAGGAGAAGAAGCGCGCAAAGGUUAGGGAUGAGAGCUACCGUCUGGAGGACCUCAAGAGUGGUGAGGUACGGAUCUGGAGGGUUAUGGGCAGGGAUUAUGUGGGUUGGGACAAGUCCUAG